AUGGAAGACAAAACUGAUGAAUACUCGGAAGUUGUUAAAAUUGAAAUUGUGGUUCCAGACCCAAUCCAUUACUCUGGAGGACCAUUCUGCGCAUUUAUCAACAUAUUGCCGGUAGACUCUGAAAAUUCCAAUAAUAAAUCAUCUUUAAACAUAGAUUUCAUAUCAGUUAACCUUUAUGGAGUGAUUACAUUUGAUACUAGAGCAAUAAAUUUGCCAAAAACUAAUAAUACGCUUCACUUUCCGUUUCUUCAGUUAGAAAGAGCAGAACUUAGUAACAAUCAGGAUAUUUGCCUAAUAUUCGCAACUAACCCACUUUAUCGAAACCCAAACUCAAUAAAUGAAAUUUCUACAAUAAGCAGAAAGCUAGAAUUUAACCUGCUGGGCUCGGUCUACUUUGACUUUCCGCUCCUCAAUCCAAAGUACUUCCCAGUCUUGACUAAACCGACAGGAUUUGAUUUAUCUAACCUGGAUACAGUAGCGGAGAAUGUGUGCAUCCAGUUGAUAGAAUCAUACCUUGAAGAAGACGAAAAUAACAAGAAUUUGUUUUUCAGCUUCAAGUGCUCAGUGGAAGACACAGGAGAAGAGAACAAAGCCCCAGCAUUCUCAAACAACACUAUCAUUUCUAGAGAUUUGGACCUAGUUUGGACUUUUUAUGAUGUCUGCAUUAACAGACAAGAGCACGUUGGAACUCGACAUGAAGGUGUUCAAAACUCAUUAGAAUGUAUGUUUGACCAGUUUUCAAACCUUGAGCUUGAAGAUCCUGAAAAAAUGGAAAGAGUUAAGAAAUGUUUUGAGAAUUUUGAAACAAUAGUUAAAUUACCAGGUGAAGAUAAGCCUGAAACACUAAAUGAACUCAUAAACUCUUUUAAGAAAAGAUUGGAACAAAGACUACAGUUAAAUCACCAAGGAACACUAGAACAAAUUAAAACAAAUACACCCAAUUUUUGUAAACUAGAUAGCGGAACUAAUCAAAAAGAAACAAUGAGCUUUACAUUUGAUGGUCUGAAGCUGUGUAGUUGUGUAAUUUCAGGAUUCAAGUCAAGUAAUUUGGUCCAAGACCUCGAGAUUAGUGUCGACUCGUGGUUUUCAGUGCAUUUUGACUUCCUAGGAGCCUACAAACGCUGCUUUAAGGUUAGGGUAAGGUUAAUAAGGUCAGAAACUUGCACUGAAUCUGGGAAAAGUGAGCAGUCGAUAAUGAUCGACGAGUCGAUGAGUACUUUGGGGAAGCUGAAAUGUACCAUUACCUCGUGUAUACCAGGACUAAUGGUUCCGUCCUUUAACCAUUUUGUGGUUAAGGUGUCAUAUGAACUAGAAAUCACAUUCUUUUGCUUCCAGAAGGACGUUGAUGUUCAUGAUGUCAAUUCUGUUAAAUCUUCAGUGAACAAUUUGAAGACCAUUAAGUGGAAUAAGCCGGUGAGGAUAUUUCAGAACGAUUUUCUGGAACAGGACGCUGAGGAGUUUCAGGACCAAGAUCAGCCAGGCCAUCUUAAGUACUCGAAGCAAUUUUCCAAAAAUAAGCUUUCAUCCUUCAUAUUCUCACUCAAAAAUAACACUCUUUAUAAAGUUAUAAAGUUAUAA